AUGUUUAGUUUCAGUGCCCGCGCCCUGCGUUGGAUGCAGACCAUGACCUUUGCUAUCAGGGAGAUCAACCAGCGCAAUGACCUGCUGCCUGCGCUGAGGCUGGGUUUCCACAUCAAAGACAGCUGUAACGAGGUCCCCGUGUCUCUGAAGGCCUCCCUGCUUCUGGUGAAUGGACAGCCGGGCCCCCCAGCCACCGGGAAUGGGAGUAUAUCAGUCAGGGAGCUUUCUGGAAAGGGGGAUCUGAUCAGUUUAGACUCCAGGUCUCCAGUGUUGGGUUGUGCCGAUGUCACCAGGUCCCCGUCUCCUGUUAUCAUAGGAGAUGCAUCCUCUGGUGUGUCGAUGGCUCUACUGAGAAGUCUGGGCCCCUUUCAGAUCCCCCUGGUGAGCUACUUUGCCUCCUGCAGCUGUCUGAGCAAGCAGACAGAGUUCCCAAUGUUCAUGCGCACCAUGCCCAGCGAUGCUUUCCAGGUCAGAGCCCUGGCCCGCUUGGUCAGCCACUUCGGCUGGACCUGGGGGUCAUCUUCAAAGGUCAUAAUCAACUUCUGCAUUGAGACAGAAGUGCAAAGCAUCAUGAGAGCCAUUCGACAGCGGAACAUAACAGGCAUCCAGUGGAUCGCGGGCGAGGCCUGGGCCACAGCCAAUUCACUCUGGGAGGAGUUUGGCGACCUCUUGAGCGGCACCUUGGGCUUCGGUAUUCGCAGAGCCGAGGUAAUUCCAGGGUUGAAGCAGCAUCUGUCCAGCCUUCGACGGUCCAACAUCCAAGACUCGGCAUUCCUCACAGAGUUCUGGGAAGAGUCACUUAACUGCAGACUGAACGGAUCUGUGAACACACAUUAUCAUUACAUUGACAAUCAUCUUGAUCGAAAGCCUUGCAGUGGCAUGGAGGAUUUAAACGACGUGUACUCUGCCUUCUCAGAUGUGAGCCAGCUCAGGGUGUCGUAUAACGUGUACAAGGCUGUGUAUUUGGUGGCCCAUGCACUGCAGAGAAUGAGUGACUGUGUGGUGGGGCAGGGGCCUUUUGUGAACGGCACCUGUGGAAAUCCUCAAGGUCUAGAGCCGUGGCAGGUGUGUUGAUACCUACUUUCAUUGAUAUGACUUCUUUAUGGAGCUGUUGCAAUUUUAUGUUAUGCUUUAUUCAUCAAAUACAUGCAUUAUUCAUUUUUUUUAAAUGUUAGAAUAAAUAAAAUCUA